CAACAGUUGAAUCAAGCAAUAUACAAUCAUUAUCAGACAAUGUUUCGGAAUUAUUACGUGGAAUAGGGUAUGGAAGAUCCGAGGGACAUUUGGUAUAAACCAAACCUGCUGUAUAACAUCCAUUACAGUAAGUUAACUUUUUAUAGUAGUAGUUCUCUGCAUGAGUAUGACUAAAUGGAAGAUAAAAUAGAAAAACCAACAAGUCCAGGGACACCACCAAAGAUGAAGAUAAUCACAAAGAAAUUCAAUCCAAGUUAUUGUACUUGUGGGCAGCAUGGAUGUGAACCACGUUAUAGAAUGGAAAAGGAAAUUGUAUGGUUAAAUAAUGAGCCAGAAAAUAAAGAAGAAAGAAUGCUAGACGCAGGAAACCCUGGUGAUGAUAGCAUUGUAAAUGAUGAUGAUGAUGAUGCCGAUGAUGUAAAUGAUGAUGCCGAUGAUGUGAAGGAUGAUGCUGAUUAUGUAAAUGAUGAUGCCGAUGAUGUGAAGGAUGAUGCCGAUGAUGAAAAUGAUGAUGCCGAUGAUGUAAAUGAUGAUGCCGAUGAUGUAAAUGAUGAUGCCGAUGAUGUAAAUGAUGAUGCCGAUAAUGUAAAUGAUUAUGCUGAUGAUGUAAAUGAUGUUACCGAUGAUGUAAAUGAUGAUGCCGAUGAUGUAAAUGAUGAUGCCGAUGAUGUAAAGGAUGAUGCUGAUGAUGUCAAUGAUGAUGCCGAUGAUGUGAAGGAUGAUGCCGAUGAUGUAAAUGAUGAUGCCGGUGAUGUAAAUGAUGAUGCCGAUGAUGUUAAUGAUGAUGCCGAUGAUGUGAAGGAUGAUGCCGUUCAUGUAAAUGAUGAUGCCGAUGAUGUAAAUGAUGAUGCAGAUGAUGUAAAGGAUGAUGCCAAUGAUGUUUAUGAUGAUGCGGAUGAUGUAAAUGAUGAUGCUGAUGAAUUAAAGGAUGUUGCCGAUAAUGUAAAGGAUGAUGCCGCUGAUGUUAAUUAUAAUAUCGAUGAUGUAAAUGAUGUCGUUUGCUACUAGAGUUGUUG